UAAUCAACUUUUUAAUGUGCUUUGACUCUGAUUUUCUUAUUUUUUUCUUGCAGAUACUAGGUUAUGGCUGGGCUGGAAUGCUAAGAAAGUAUUUAGUAGAUCCCGUUGAAAUGUGGUGGCCUUCAAAUCUUGCUCAGGUUUCCCUUUUUAGAGCUCUCCACGAGAGGGAUUUAUCAUCAAGAGGGUUGACAAGGAUGCAGUUCUUCCUCAUAUUUUUGACUGCAAGCUUUGCCUAUUACACUCUACCUGGAUACCUCUUCCCUAUCCUGACGUUCUUCUCUUGGAUCUGUUGGAUCUGGCCACACAGCAUCACUGCACAACAGAUAGGUUCAGGCUAUCAUGGACUUGGAGUUGGUGCAUUUACUCUUGAUUGGGCUGGUAUCUCUGCCUAUCAUGGUAGCCCUUUGGUCACCCCAUGGUUUUCUAUUCUAAAUACAGCAGUUGGUUUCAUCAUGUUCAUCUAUAUAAUAAUGCCUCUUUGUUACUGGAAUUUCAACACCUUCGAUGCAAGGAAGUUUCCUAUAUUCUCAAACCAACUAUUUACUUCCAAGGGGCUGAAGUAUGACACAACCAAGAUACUGACUCCUACAUUUGAGCUGAAUGAGGCGGCUUACAAUGACUACGGGAAACUCUAUCUCAGUCCUCUUUUUGCAAUAUCUAUAGGUUCAGGUUUUCUUCGGUUUACUGCAACAUUAACCCACGUGCUCUUAUUCAAUGGCAGAGAUAUCUGGAGGCAAAGCAAGUCUGCAGUGAACUCAGCGAAGCUGGACAUCCAUGCCAAGCUGAUGAAGAACUAUAAACAGGUUCCUCAGUGGUGGUUCCUUAUUCUUCUAGCAGGAAGCAUCGGGCUGUCUCUGUUAAUGUCAUUUAUAUGGAAGGAGGAGGUGCAGCUUCCUUGGUGGGGUAUGCUCUUUGCUUUCGGGUUGGCAUGGAUUGUCACUCUACCGGUUGGAGUUAUUCAAGCAACCACAAAUCAGCAACCAGGGUAUGAUAUCAUAGCACAAUUCAUGAUUGGAUAUGUCCUCCCGGGAAAGCCCAUUGCAAAUUUGCUCUUUAAGAUAUAUGGUAGAAUCAGCACCAUCCACGCUCUCUCUUUCCUGUCUGACCUCAAGCUCGGGCAUUACAUGAAAAUCCCACCAAAGUGCAUGUACACUGCUCAGCUUGUUGGAACUGUUGUUGCUGGCAUCGUGAACAUUGCGGUAGCUUGGUGGAUGAUUGAAAGCAUCGAGAACAUAUGUGACGUGGAUGGCUUGUACCCUGAUAGCCCAUGGACAUGCCCCAAGUAUCGAGUGACCUUUGACGCUUCAGUCAUAUGGGGCCUGAUAGGCCCUGCUCGCCUCUUCGGCCACCAUGGAAUGUACCGCAACUUGGUGUGGCUAUUUUUGAUAGGUGCACUUUUGCCAGUGCCGGUGUGGUUGUUCAGCAUAAUGUUUCCAGAAAAGAAGUGGAUACCUUUGAUCAAUAUACCAGUCAUCUCUUAUGGAUUUGCUGGGAUGCCUCCGGCCACUCCCACAAACAUAGCCAGUUGGCUCGUCACUGGAACAAUAUUCAAUUAUUUUGUUUUCCGUUACCGGAAGCAGUGGUGGCAGAAGUACAACUACGUGCUAUCAGCGGCCUUGGAUGCGGGCACGGCCUUCAUGGGUGUGCUUCUCUUCUUUGCUCUUCAAAAUGAAAACAGAAAUCUGAAAUGGUGGGGAACAGAGAUUGACCAUUGUCCGUUAGCAUCCUGCCCUACCGAACCUGGAAUUGUUGUCAAGGGAUGCCCUGUUUUCUAAUUCUCAUUGUUAAACUACAUACAUGUCUUAGAGAUUAUAGUUACCAAGACUUUUUGGUGAUAAGAGAAGAAUGGCAUUCCUUCUACCUGGUGUGAUAAAACUUUGCAGUUAAGGAAACAAAUUCAUGAGCUUGAAGCAAUGGCUUCAAACUAAAUCAAUGUAACCAAAUAACUCUCUUUAUUUUUACACCAGUGCAUCAAUUAACUUGUGAUUAUAUGUGAUCAAUUUUGAAGUUUCA